CAGCCCCCGGGCCGCCUGCACUCGCAGCCUCCUUCCCCCCGAGCGGAGCUGCGGGGCCGGCCGGGCCGGGGCGGACCCCGGGAACCCGGACGCGGCCGCCCGGGCCCGCGGGCGGGGGGAUCAGUGGGGGGGACCGGCAGGGUGAUCGGCGGGGUGACCGGCUGCAGGAGCCGCCACCAUGGAGUUCCGCCAGGAGGAGUUUCGGAAGCUAGCGGGUCGUGCCCUCGGGAAGCUGCACCGCCUUCUGGAGAAGCGGCAGGAAGGCGCGGAGACGCUGGAGCUGAGUGCGGAUGGGCGCCCGGUGACCACGCAGACCCGGGACCCGCCGGUGGUGGACUGCACCUGCUUCGGCCUCCCUCGCCGCUACAUUAUCGCCAUCAUGAGUGGUCUGGGCUUCUGCAUCAGCUUUGGCAUCCGCUGCAACCUGGGCGUGGCCAUUGUCUCCAUGGUCAAUAACAGCACGACCCACCGUGGGGGCCACGUGGUGGUGCAGAAAGCCCAGUUCAGCUGGGAUCCAGAGACUGUCGGCCUCAUACACGGCUCCUUUUUCUGGGGCUACAUUGUCACUCAAAUUCCAGGAGGAUUUAUCUGCCAAAAAUUUGCAGCCAACAGGGUUUUCGGCUUUGCUAUUGUGGCAACAUCCACUCUAAACAUGCUGAUCCCCUCGGCUGCCCGCGUCCACUACGGCUGUGUCAUCUUCGUGAGGAUCCUGCAGGGGUUGGUAGAGGGGGUCACAUACCCCGCCUGCCAUGGGAUCUGGAGCAAAUGGGCCCCACCCUUAGAAAGGAGUCGCCUGGCGACGACAGCCUUUUGCGGUUCCUAUGCUGGGGCGGUAGUCGCGAUGCCCCUCGCUGGGGUACUGGUGCAGUACUCAGGAUGGAGCUCCGUUUUCUAUGUCUAUGGCAGCUUCGGGAUCUUCUGGUACCUGUUCUGGCUGCUCGUCUCCUACGAGUCCCCCGCGCUGCACCCCAGCAUAUCGGAGGAGGAGCGCAAGUACAUCGAGGACGCCAUCGGGGAGAGCGCGAAACUCAUGAACCCCCUCACGGUCUGGACCCAAGUCUUUGGGGAAGGGGUGGGGAGACUUAGCAGGCCUCGAACCUGCACAGCGUCCCCUGUCUCCCCUGUGCACCUGUUCCCGCAGGUAGGCCUGGUGUCCGCGCUGCCCCACCUGGUCAUGACCAUCAUCGUGCCCAUCGGCGGCCAGAUCGCGGACUUCCUGCGGAGCCGCCGCAUCAUGUCUACCACCAACGUGCGCAAGUUGAUGAACUGCGGGGGCUUCGGCAUGGAAGCCACGCUGCUGCUGGUGGUCGGCUACUCGCACUCCAAGGGCGUGGCCAUCUCCUUCCUGGUCCUGGCCGUGGGCUUCAGCGGUUUCGCCAUCUCUGGGUUCAAUGUGAACCACCUGGACAUUGCCCCGCGCUACGCCAGCAUCCUCAUGGGCAUCUCCAACGGCGUGGGCACGUUGUCGGGCAUGGUGUGCCCCAUCAUCGUGGGGGCCAUGACUAAGCACAAGACUCGGGAGGAGUGGCAGUACGUGUUCCUGAUUGCCUCCCUGGUGCACUAUGGAGGGGUCAUCUUCUACGGGGUCUUUGCUUCUGGAGAGAAGCAGCCGUGGGCAGAGCCCGAGGAGUUGAGCGAGGAGAAGUGUGGCUUCGUUGGCCAUGACCAGCUGGCUGGCAGUGACGACAGCGACAUGGAGGAUGAGGCUGAGCCCCCCGGGGCACCCCCGGCACCACCUCCGUCCUAUGGGGCCACACACAGCACAUUUCAGCCCCCUAGGCCCCCGCCCCCUGUCCGGGACUACUGACCAUGUGCCUCACACUGAAUGGCAGUUUCCAGGACCUCCACUCCACUCAUCUCUGGCCUGAGUGACAGUGUCAAGGAACCCCGCUCCUCUCUCUCCUGCCUCAGGCCUCAGAAGCACUCUCCCUUGUUCCUAGUGCUGUCAAAUCCUCUUUCUUUCCCGAUUGCCUCUCAGGGGUAGUGAAGCUGAAGACUGAGAGUUUCAAGGAUACCCAAAUUCCCCUAAAGGUUCCCUCUCCACCCGUUCUGCCUCAGUGGUUUCAAAUCUCUCCUUUCAGGGCUUUAUUUGAAUGGACAGUUCAACCUCUUACUCUCCCUUGCUGUUUUGAGGCACACACUCCCUCCCCGCCUUUCCUUUAUCUCCAGGGGCUCUCAGACUAACACUUGAGAUCACUCAGCUCCCCUCUCCUUUCAGAAAAAUUCCAGGUUCUCCUCUAGAAGUGUCAAAUCUCUCCCAACUCUGUUCUGCAUCUUCCUGGUUGGUUUAACCAAUCACCCGUCCCCGCCAUUCCAGGGAUUGAUUCUCACCAGCGUUUCUGAGGGAAAAUGGCGGUUUCAAGUCCCCCCUUCCCCUCCCACUUCUCCCUACCAGCAGAUUCUGCGAAAGCACCAAAUUUCCCAAGACCCUCUUCUCCCUAGCUUAGCAUAACGUCUGGGAAAAGAACCAAAAUGGCAACUUUAACAAUAUGCCUCUCUCCACCCCCAUGCACUUUUUCUGACGUGGUUUUCAGGUCUAAAUAGUGGCUGUUCUCGGCCAUGAACGCAAUGGUUUGAAGCCACCACCAUUGAACGUCCCCACGGUGGUUUCAUGACGACCCUCCCCCGAUUCCUCGCACUUUAUUCUCCUGGGUGGUUUCGAACUACCCUCAGUUUCUCAGUGGCCAUUUGUUGUGUCCCUCAGGGGCUUAAUGACUGAAAAUCUGGGAUCCUCCCCCUCUCAGACACCCCUCUUUCAGCUUAGAAUUUGGGGAACAUAUAUAGAAGUCACAGAAUCCCAUGAAAGGGAACGGGGCAGGGGAGAGGGGUUUUUCCCGGUGCAGGGUUGUGUCUUUGUGUCUCUGUCUCUGUGACUGUAAAUCCUGCCCUGCCCCACUCACAAUAAAAGCUUUGGUGUACAGA